AUGAGGCUCCUCGGGUGUGGCAAUGUGCCCCCUAUGCCAGACAGGAGCAGAGUUGGCAGAGAAGUGUUGAGUGUCGAGGGAGAGAGAACGGCCAAGAACCACCACCACCACCACCACAGCAAAAGCACCAUGAACCUCAGCAGCAAGCUCUGUCUCAUCGCCAUCCUCCUCCUCAACCUCACUCGAGCAUACUCGGCCGAGGCCCUCGACAGCCAGAACCCCAAGCAGGAUGUCGAGGACAGACGACGAGCAACGGCGAGGACGGAGACCGUGACGAUAGAAAACCAGCUCACCAACGAGCUCGACCCCACAGCCACCCCGAAAAGCUUCCUACCGCAAGAUGCGCCGAGUGGGUUCCUCUUGGCCGCGGGGAAAGAGCGCGAAACAGACCGUCUUGGACGGGAGAACAAUAGCCGCUCACAUCUGGCCCCGUUGGCCAAGGAUGACCGCCGACUCGAGCAUCGAGAGGAGAGCUCCAAGCUGGUCCUCAACGACUCCUCCGACCCUCUCCAUCUCCAAUCUCGAAGACCUAAAAAAAAACCCCGCUUGUUGGCCCCGAUCCGGCGAUUCGUUGCCUGGCUCUUCGUCCUCUGCACGACCAAGAACCCCAUCUGGACGCUCUCCUUCAAGAUCUUCAAGGGCAUCUUCUCCAUCUUCUUUCGCUCCUGUCGCGCUGUAAUCGGCACCCUCUUCGGCUUUUUGACCCACCUCAUGGUCUGGUUCUGGGACGAAAUCUUAUUUCCAAUGACGUUUCCGAUCAGAUUGGUCUUUUGGCUUGUCGUUAUUAAGCCGCUGGACCUGACCAAGGCGAUGUUGAAGAAGCUGAAACCGGUGAUCCUCUUCCUGAUAUCUGCGAUCGGGAUGGGCAUAUUCAUCGGGAUGAUUGGCAGCUCGACCCAUCUGUGGAUCGGCGAUUGGCUGUUCCCCUUGCAGCACAAGACCGACAAGCAAAGCAAGAAAGACACGAGCUUGAUCGGGCGCAAGAAGCGGCGUGAACAGAGCGACCGCACGGCGGGCGAUGACCGGGUCGACCAGCCGGGCUCAAAAGACUCUCCUCCAAAGACCGAAAACGGACGCGGAAUAGGAGACGUGAUGGAAGCGUCGGACGACUCGAGCCCGUCGGUGGAUGCGGACCUAUCGGAAGAGCCAGACGAAGACUGGACGGCCUUCAAAUUAGAGACAGAGCUAUCGAGCACCCUUGAGCCGAACCAAACACGAUACACCUCGGCGGUCCAGAAGCUUCGAUCCCCGUCGGCCGCUUCCUCCUCCGCCCGACAACGGCAUUACCAACACCAUCUUUCCUCAGACGACGAGCCCUCUCCAUCCCCGGCCUCCGUCCUCCCCGAUACACUCGCACACUCCCACUCCGAUUCCGUCUCGAUCCUCAAACACUCCCCUCCCCCUCUCAAUUCGUACUCAUCCUCCUCGAAUCGCAAAAAGAAAGUCACCUUCAAAACUGACUGA